GUGCCUUUCCUCCCAUACUAGCUGGGAACCUGGAUUUCGGGAAUUCCUCCUCUGGCAUCGUCACCAGUUAGAAGCGGCAGCAGGUUUUUUCCUCCCGUUCUCCAGGGCAGGGGAUGCUAAGUCGGCAGGGGGAGCCCUCCAAUUUUCACAUGAACUUUGCAGACGGCCACCCAAGAAGCUGGAAACUCUUCCAUGUUUGAGGCAAGCCUGGAAAGUGGCAGGCGGCUGAAGGAGGAGGGAGCAGCCGCCCAGCUUCCAGAAAUGGUGGGCUCUAAAGCAUGGGAUGGAAUGGAAGGUUCAGCCAAAGCUCCACUGGCGCGACAUGUGAGCACCAGUGGAGAGUUACAAGCCGUGGUAACUGCACAGCAGGUGAAACGCGAACCGGAGGAAGGGCUGCAGGAGCGCUGGGAAGCCCAGUGGCAGGCGUUCCUGCGGACGCUGCAGGCCCCGCACUCCAGGUGGGGGGAGGCGUUGGCGUCCGAGGAGCCCCGGCCCUGGGAUGACGCGAAGGCCUUCCUGGCCUCCUUCGAGCAGGUGGCGGCCGCCUGCCGGUGGCCCCGGGACAAGUGGGUGGCCCUCCUCCUGCCGGCCCUCAGCGGAGAGGCUGAGCGGGCCUUCCGCAGCCUCAGUGCCCGCGAGAGGGGCGACUAUGGCAAGGUGAAGGCGGCUGUCCUGGACAGGGAGGCCGCCCUGAGGGAGAGGCAGCGCCAGCACUUCCGGCAGCUCCGCUACGGGGACGCGGAAGGGCCGAGGGUCGUGUACGGCCAGCUGCGGGAGCUCUGCCGCCAGUGGCUGAAGAUCGAGAGACACACGAAAGCCGAGAUCCUGGAGCUGCUGGUCCUGGAGCAGUUCCUGAGCAUCCUGCCGGCGGCCAUGCAGAGCUGCGUCAGGGACCGCCAGCCGGAGACCUGCGCCCAGGCCGUGGCCCUGGCGGAGGACUUCCUGCGGAGGCAGCCCGAGACUGAGAAACCGGAAGAGAAGGUGCCUGGCCGGCCCACGGAGGCGGCUGCAGAUCCCUCCGGCUCGGGGCAGGUUCCGCCUCUGGGCGCGUGGACUGGACUCCUUUGCCAGGGUGCGAAGCAGGAGCAGGAAGAGCCCAGAACGCCAAGUAAUGGGCGGCCACGGCAGAAAGAGAUGGCUCCCAUUCACCAGCAAGGUGUUAAGUCCGCAGAGCUGAAUGGCACAUCUCUGGGAAGGAACAAGGAUUUCCAGCCUAAUGAAAAGGAAGCAACAUUCGGGUGCCAGCCAGAGCCGGAGAUCGACCAAAUGAACAGCUGUAGGAAAGGUGUGGAUAACUCUGCUUUCCCUGCCAAGGGGAAUGCAAAGCAGAGCAGAUCCGCAGAGCAGCAAAGCGUCCAGCUCAGGGAGGCGCAGAAUGCAGCUCCUGAGCAUGGACAAAACUACGGGUGCAGCUCAGAUCUUAUAAAAGACCAGGGUGGCUACACUGGAGAGAAACUGCACACAUCCUCCCCCUGUGGGAACAGCUUCAGUCUGGCACAGGAGAGAACCCACGCGGGAGAGAAGAAAAGACACAAGUGCUCCCACUGUGGGAAGACCUUCAGUCGUGGCUCCCUCGUUAAGGAGCAUAUGAGAAUCCACACCGGGGAGUCUCCGUACAGGUGCUCGUACUGCGGCCGUUUCUUUGGCCGAUGCUCGGUCUUGCAGGACCACAUUAGGACACACACGGGAGAAAGGCCGUACAAGUGCCUGGAGUGCGGCAAGAGCUUCAACCAGAAGCACUACCUGACGGUGCACGAGAGGAUGCACACGGGGGAGAACCCGCACAAGUGCAGCCACUGCGGGAAGAACUUCCCCAGGCGGUUCAUCCUCGUGAGACACGAGAGGAUCCACACGGGCGAGAAUCCCUUUGUUUGCUCGGAAUGCGGGAAGAGCUUCAACCAGAAGGGAAACCUCGUCACCCACAUGCGCCUGCACACGGGAGAAAAGCCGUACAAGUGCGCCCAGUGUGGGAAGAGAUUCCGUCAGAAAGCAAGCCUCCGUUCACACGAAAAAACUCACGCCCGCGCAAAAAAGCCCCUUUAGUGCAGGCCGGGUCUCGUGCAUACCUGAGACCGCUAUCGCCGGUUUAAGGCGAUGCGAUCGAGCGCAGCUAGCAGGCUGCAGCUGGGUUCAGCGUUGUCACUUGUGCUGAAUUACUCCCUUCAUCUCAAAACAAAACACGCACAUCCUUCUUAUCGAUUUGGGACCCCGUCCAGUGGUCCCUGGAAGCUGUCUAGAAGGCACUUUCGUCUGAGGUCAAACUCGGGGUUCAGAACACCCACAUAAGCAGUGCACAGACGGCUGUGCAGGCGGCAGCUCCGAGGUCGUAAAAGCAACCUCAGAGCUGGAGGUUUGGGGGCGUGGAGGGAGGCUGUGAUACGAGGUUGGGGCUUUGGCCUCCUCUCCCAGGAAGCCAGGGAUAAACUUUUAGAUAACCAAGACUGGCCAGGAAAGCAGGAGAUACGAUGGCACUCUAGAAGUACCUGAAAAGCUGCCUCGGAGAGGAGAGGACUUGAUCAUCCCAGAGUGCAGGACACCAACUAACAGACUUAAGUUAAAAGGAACCAGAUUUAGACCGGACACCAGGAAGAACUUCCUCACUGUGAGAGCCGUGUGACGUUGGAACUGAUUACUUGGGGAAGUUGUGGGCUCUCCCUUGCUGGAGACAUUCAAAAAGCAUCUGGA